GGAGAUGGGCCGCUCCCGGCACCUGCCCGGCGGGCUCUGCCUGCUGCUGCUGCUGCUCUGCCAGUUCCUGGAGGACCGCAGCGCCCAGGGUAAGCGGCGCGGGGGGCGCGGGGGGCGCGGGGGGCUGCGGCUCGCACUUCGCCGCCGUCCCCUCGGCAAGGAGGAGUGCUGCCGCACCGGCCGCCUCAGCACCUCGUGGACCGAGGAGGACGUCAACGACAACACGCUCUUCAAGUGGAUGAUUUUCAACGGGGGCGCCCCCAACUGCAUCCCCUGCAAAGAAACGUGCGAGAACGUGGACUGCGGACCCGGGAAGAAAUGCCGCAUGAACAAGAAGAACAAACCCCGCUGCGUCUGCGCCCCGGAUUGCUCCAACGUCACCUGGAAAGGCCCGGUCUGCGGCCUGGAUGGCAAAACCUACCGCAACGAGUGUGCGCUCCUCAAGGCCAGGUGCAAGGAGCAGCGCGAGCUGGAGGUCCAGUACCAGGGCAAAUGCAAAAAGACCUGCCGGGAUGUCUUCUGUCCAGGAAGCUCCACGUGUGUGGUGGACCAGAACAAUAACGCCUACUGUGUGACCUGUAACCGCGUCUGCCCGGAGCCCACCUCCUCGGAACAGUACCUGUGUGGCAACGACGGGGUGACCUACUCCAGCGCCUGUCACCUGCGGAAGGCUACCUGCCUCCUGGGCAGGUCCAUCGGACAGGCCUACGAGGGAAAGUGUAUCAAAGCAAAGUCCUGUGAGGACAUCCCCUGCAGCGGUGGGAAGAAGUGUCUAUGGGACUUCAAGGUUGGCCGAGGCCGGUGCUCCCUGUGCGACGAGCUGUGCCCGGAGAAUAAGUCCGAGGAGCCCGUCUGCGCCAGCGACAACGCCACCUACGCCAGCGAGUGCGCCAUGAAGGAGGCCGCCUGCUCCGCGGGCGUGCUGCUGGAAGUGAAGCACUCCGGAUCUUGCAACUCCAUUUCGGAAGACACCGAGGAAGAGGAGGAAGACGAAGAUCAGGACUACAGCUUCCCCAUAUCUUCCAUUCUAGAGUGGUAAAGCCGCCAGCAGUGUUUAGUGUUGGCCUAGCCUCUGGGCAGAAAACAAAAAGGAAAGAAAGAAAGAAUAUAUAUUGUCCAUACUGUACAUACGUGUAUGCUUAUUUAUUUGGGGGGAAAGUAUCCAUAGAGGACCUUGGUCCUCCAGCUCUCUCCCAGGCCACCUGUCACUCCUCGGACCCGGAGGGGCCGCCUUGUGAGGUCUGCUGGAUGAGGCCCGUCGUCGAGACGUGUAGACAUUUAUUUAUACUGUGUCAUGUUUUAUAAUUUAUACAUAAAAUGUCUGGUUGACUGUACACCUUGUUUUUGAAGAAAUUUAUUCGUGAAAGGAAGAGCAGUUGUUAUUUAUUGUGAGGUCUCUUGCUUGUAAAGUGAAAGCUUUGUUUGCCUUGUAAACCAUCGAACCAUUCCUUCCUGGUCACGCUCUCCCCCGCCCCCUCCAUCGCGCCGUCCGCAGGCCCCGCUCCACUUGAACGCACUUGCAUGUCGGUGUGUCCUGUUUAUUUAUUGGAUUCUCUGCUGCCUGUUCUGUACGUACACGAUCCCUCGGGUUUUGUUUACAAGGAAUCUUGACUGACCAAACGGCAUUGUAACUGGCUCCGACCGGAGGUACAGGGGCGCCAGCUUUGAGGAAACUCCUGCUUCAGUUCUCCGGUUGCGACGGAGACGGUUGCGAGACUGAGGUGAUGGCGACCUGAGACUUCCAAUAAUCAGUACUUUUAAGAUGUUCCAGAUCCAAAGAAAUGGAGUGAUGGGGGACUGCCUGAGGGGGUGUUGCACACUCGUCUUUCGUUGGGUGUUUCCUGGAAGCUGGGCUCCUGUACCUUUUAAUUCGUUCUUUUUCAACCGGUGUGUCACUACACGUUAUGGCAGAG